AAACAAAGCGUUUUUUCCCGGUCAUACGAACAGAUAAAUUUUAUUACUCGUUCGAAUCUAGAUACCUGUGCAAGGCGCGAGGUUAAGGCCGCUGCUCAAAAAGCUCCGAUUUUUUUCGGAUACGGACCUGGUCCUAUGUACAUGAUUUUUAUUUGUUUGAAUACUAAGUUUGCAAUUGUUUUACGCAUGGGAUGAUAAUGUGAUAUAAGGUGACAAAUCACGGAACCCCAUCUUAUUGCAGGUGGUCCCAUCUAAGAGCGCAUAGGAAAGAAGUGGAUGUAGUGGUGAUUUUUUUUUCAUGCGCAAAAAUGUUUGGAGGGACAUAUCCGAUGAAAAUCCAAAUGUUUUUCGCUGUACUGUGUCUUGUCGUUUUCUGUGUGGAUUUUUGUUACACAAUGGUUGAUGGCUCCAUCUUAUCCCAGCCAAACCUGUACAGACUCCCGAAUCAGAUCAACGAAACCAGGCAGAUAAACCCGGACGAUGAUUUCAUAUAUUCCACACAAAACGACAUAUCCACCACGUCUCUAGUAUCUUCGAGACCUCAGCCGCCCUCCAAGAUCAUCCCUACAGAAAAUCCGGUGAGAAUAUCUGAGCCCACAGCAAAAAUAGAAAAUAUGGAGAUCACGCCCACGCCCAUAGCCAUAAGACCUGCCGAACUGCCAGAGCCAAUAGAUCAUUGCGGCAAACUGUCCAUAGAGUACAUGUCCCUGCUCACUCAGGAACAGUUCAUCAACAAGCUGACUGAACCGUGUAGAUACGACAAGUUGGUCAAACCGCACACUGACGGACCCCUUGACGUUUAUCUUCAAGUGGAUUUGAGGCAUAUAGAGGCGAUAGAUUCACUGCAAUUCAAGGCCCAUAUGGUGCUGCAAUACAGCUACAGAGACGCCAGGUUGGACUUCAGGAACAUCUCCAAGAACAGGGAGACAGUGAUGGGACAAGAAAUCCUCAGGGAUAAGAUCUGGGUGCCUCACGUUAUAGUGAGGAAUGAGAAGGAUACGGUUGUUAUGGGAAGUGACGGAAAGGAUGUCUUCGUAACAAUUAGCGCUUCUGGUCAAGUGACAUAUUCCUAUAGGAUGACAUUGACAUUUUACUGCUGGAUGAACUUGAAGAAAUUUCCUUUCGAUAUACAACUUUGCGAUAUAAUAUGGAACAGCUGGGCUUACAACACAACAAACCUGCUGUUGCAUUGGAAGAGUGAAGUCCCGGUGAAAAUCGCCAAAAACCUCCAUUUGACGGAGUUCGUCCUAACCGGUAACUGGACUGAAGUCGGACAGGUCCCAGUAACCUUCGCCGAAGGAGGAAGAGUGGGGAACUACAGUUCCUUAAUCUUCAAAUUCCAGCUGUCUCGAGAAGUUGGAUACUACAUUUUAGACUAUUUUUUACCAUCCAUUCUGUUAGUCUGCACCAGCUGGGUCACUUUUUGGCUCCAAGCUGAUGCUUCACCACCUCGGGCAACGCUAGGCACUUCCACAAUGUUGGCGUUCAUAACACUGAACGGAGGUGUUACGAAAAAUCUACCGAAGGUCUCCUACAUAAAAGCCAGUGAAAUCUGGUUUUUGGGUUGCGUUUGUUUCAUUUUCAGCUCGAUGGCAGAAUUCGCGUUCGUCAAUGUAAUUUGGAGGAGAAAGAAGAAAGUGGAGAUGAAAAAAGCUAACCCUAAGCACAUAUUGAAAGGAGCUCUCACGCCCAGCUUAGCUAGGAAGCAACUUAGGAAAGCAGAGAGUGAGAACAACCUCUUCAAGAGUUAUUCCACCACCAGUCUUGAUGGGAACAACUUUAAGAACUCCCAACAUAACUAUCUCACAGUGCACGGUUUCCACACAAUACCCUCGAUCAACACUCAAAACUCCGACGAAUGCCUGAAAAGUGACGACAGCGUCACUUCGAUUCCCAUCCCUGACGACUAUUCUGGUCAACCCCAAAAUUACAGACAGCAAUGGCACACGAUGACCCCACAAGAAGUUGCCAAUUGGAUAGACAAGAAAUCAAGGAUUGUUUUCCCUCUGAGUUUCCUCGUGUUCAACAUUUUCUAUUGGUCCUUUGUGUACGCGCUCUGAUAUCUUCGUUAAUACGCUCGAAAUAUUUAUUAUUCAUUUCGUGAUUCAUCGUUUCAAGGACGUAUUUAAUCUAUUUAUCGUCAGUUUGUUCAUUUUGUAUAUUUUUUUAACCGUAGAGAAUGGAGUUAUUGUGAUUCAUCCGAAUUUUUUGCUACUUUAUCACUAGUCAAUGCAAUUGGAUGUUUUGAGGGGAGGAUAAAAUUGUUCAUUUCCUCACAUCAUCAUUUACUUAGUCAAUAUUAUUAAUUAUUGUAGAUGUUAUGUUAGCGAAUUUAUUGUUUAUGUUGCUUUAUUUUGUGAAACUGAUUAAACA